AAUUCGGCUCGUCACAUCAUCUGAUUCACGAACACGCGGUGCCGAACUCGCUCACACCACCGGUAGUAAACAAGUCCACGUGGUUGUACGAGGAAGAGGAGGCUUCUUAGUCGCUGUUAUCUACAGCAAGUUCCGGACAGUAUUCAGUUUACCUACAUCUUAACUCACACGAAGCAAUUUGCUGUAACAGACUGUCAUAGGAAUGGCACCGAGGAAUCCGGAACCGGAAACUGAAUCCACGUGCGACGAAGACGUGGAUCAACUUGGCCUUGACAAUGUGGCUAAACUGGAAGAAACAAAUGUGGACAACCCACCGAUGAAAAUUGUCUGGAGAAAUGUUGUGAUAUUUGUUAUCCUCCAUCUUGCUGCUUUGUAUGCCGUGACUUUAAUCCCCGGAUCACAACCUCUGACAUGGGCGUGGUCCGUAGUAUACUACUUCCUAGCCGCCGUCGGGGUAACAGCUGGGGCCCACAGACUCUGGUCACAUAGGUCUUACAAGGCUAAAACACCACUCCGUGUCCUCCUGGCCUUCUUUCAGUCAGCAGCUUUACAGAACGACAUUUUCGACUGGGUACGCGACCAUAGAGUCCACCACAAGUUUUCUGAGACGGAUGCUGACCCUCACAACGCCACACGAGGAUUCUUCUUCUCCCAUAUCGGCUGGCUGUUGGUGAAGAAACACCCGAAAGUCAUCGCCAAGGGCAAACAGAUCAGUCUCAAAGACUUGUACGAUGACCCCGUUGUGAUGAUACAGAAACGGUUUUACAAGCCGUCGGUGCUGUUAAUGUGCUUCAUCGUGCCGACCAUUGUACCCUGGUAUUUCUGGGGAGAGACGCUUUGGAACUCUUUCUACCUGGCAUCCAUUCUACGGUACACCUUAGUGUUAAAUGCUACGUGGCUAGUGAACAGUGCUGCCCACAUGUGGGGCUCAAAACCUUACGACAAGACAAUAAGCCCGUCUAAUAACAUAGCGGUCGUGUUGAGCGCGGCCGGCGAGGGUUUCCACAACUACCAUCACGUGUUCCCUCACGACUACGCCACGAGUGAAUACGGAAUCCGCUAUAAUUUUACUACAAUGUUUAUAGAUUUUAUGGCAUGUUUGGGUUUAGUGUCGGACCGAAAAGUUAUCUCCCCUAAAACAGUUCAGAUGAGGAAGGAAAGGACAGGCGAGAAAGCGGCAAAAUCAUCUUAAGUGCUUUUUGUUGUUUUGUUUGUGUUUUGUUAAUAAGACAGAAUGUGGUAGCUUGGUGUCAAUUGUGGAGCCCUGGAAUUACUCGCUAAACAUAUUGUACCCCUCAAGGACCGAUAUCACUGGCAGAGCUAACGGUAUAUAUAUAUAAUGGUAUAUUCUUAAUUGAUUAAAGAUCAAUUAAAACAUAUAUUUCUUUCACAAUGUUCUGUUAAAAUCAAGAUAUAGGGAAAAAAUAUUUUGAAUUUAAUUGUAUAUAUGUUUUCAGAUUUCGUUGUAUUUAAUUACGUUUCUCAAGAAAAAUAUUCAACCUUUAUCAACCGAUUGUAUAUUAGGUCCCAGUCAAUUUGACUCGAAUUAUUACAUUUUUCAUGAUAAUUUUAAUUCGUAUGUAAAACAUUUAUGUUGUGUAUAAAACAAUUGUCGUGUUAUUCUAGUUUUUCGACUGUUGAUAUCAGUCAUAUUGUAUAAGAUUUCGUUUCCCUGUGUUGUCACAAAUAUUAUUUUUGAUGAGAACGAAGUGCUUCUGAAGUGUUCUGCAUACAGUCUUUCGUUUGUGUGGUUGUUAAAAACAUGUAUGGGGUCUAAAGGCCAUGUUAUGGUUUUGACUGAAUGCAUGUGACAAAGAAAAGUUAUAUAAAUGAAUGCAUGAGUGUGAAUAGCAUAUGCACAACAAAUACAGAUGUCUACAUAAAGAGUAUCAAGUACACAAUCGCAAGACAUUGAAGCAUUACGACUCUUAAUGCAGUAAGAAGGAAUAUAUAAAUAUUAUUCUCUGGCUCCCAGCUCGUUUCUGUUCAUUUUGAAUAAUUUAUGUCAUAAAUGAUUAUUUUAAGGUAAUAUACCUGUAUCAGCCAGUUGCUAUGAUGACGCCAUAUGAACUAUGUCACUGUCAACACGAAUCCGGAACACCUCUGGGUUUAAACAAAUAAACGAGGAGUUCCGGAUGUGUCAACACGGUGUUUUUGGCUACAUUAUUGAUAUACGGUUCCCUAGCUGACAGUUAUAGCUGGAGCAAGAAGUAACUGCGAUGCAGAGCAAAUGUAAAACAAUUUGCAAAAGAAAGUGUUUGUUUGUGAAUGAGCGCGUUUAAAAAGUUGUGGACAUGACGAGAGGCUGUCUGUUAGAAAAAUAUGCGGUCUGUUGAAACUGAGACUACUGAAACCGUUUGUUUGUAAAGCGAGUUAUUUAUGUGUUGAUACAUUAUUCGUUUCAGUGAUAGUUUUAUAGCAACAAUUGUUAACAUUUGUUGUGAGCUUAUGACACAUUGUAGUAAAACUUCGAUAUAAUGCCCUUAUGUCAUGAGCUGACCCCCAUUUGACGCCAGUAUAAACCAGGCUCACAUUUUAAUUCCCAUCAAUCAGAAUGUUAAAGCUAUUCAUGUUAUUAAAUAAACUAAUGCUCAUACCAACAUUUUCCUUCUUUUUGUUUAACACACUGUUCAAUAUGUUGACUUCGAUAUAGCGCCAUAUCCCUUAUAACGUCAAACCCUUGAUAAAUGGAUGGCAGUAUAACGAGGUUUUCUUAAACAAUGUCAAUCUAAUGUAUAUUUUUCUGGGGGAAACCUAUCUUGUGAAUUAUAUUAUCAAAUGGAAGUGUGAAAAGGUGUUAAGCUUUGAAAAUGAUGUUAAAAUUGGCAUGUUUUAAACGUGAUACUUGGACAGCUAUUUUGGUAUAUAUGUCAGAAUAGGUCUUGUUAUCCGCCAGUAUUCGGCUAUUAUAUGUAUGGGAAUGUUUCUAUCACAUCUCCUCCUAUUUGUGCAUAAGUGCUAUUAUAAUUGUCUUGUGUUGACAGUCAGUCACACUAAAUUGAACGCAUUGUUUUAAAGGCCCUAAGUUUUUUCUUUAUAUCGAUUAUUUAAUGAAUGGUCAAUACCGAUUUAUGUAGGGUUUAUUUUUUGAAACAUACUGUUUCUAUGUAAUGAUUAAUGAAAAAUGGUCAUAUAUCAAUGGAAAGAAGAUAGAUACAUAAUGUAUACAAAUCAUCGCCGGAAUGCAGGUGAGGUACGGAAUCUACCAUUGAUCGUUUUCUUGACCAUUUCCCCCUCAGAAUUCCCUGUCUUCAUACAGUAUCAAUACUGGAAGUUGUGAAAAGCUGUGAAACAUUUCACCUGCUUCACAUAUAGCUGCAUAUAUGUGUGCCUGUACAUUAUUUUUAAAAUUAUAUUUCGUCAUUUUGUAUCAGAGAUUUUUUAUUAGAAUUAUUUUUGUUGUCUUGCUAAAACCAGCGGUUGGAGUCUUGCGUGUAGAAUGCUACUGAGCAGACAAAACAAUGUUUAAAUUUGUGUUAUUUUGCGGAAGAAUGUUAUUGGUCAUAACAAUUAUAUUGCGAAAAUAAAAUUUAGAAUAGUU